AUGUCUGGAAUAUCUUCUGCGUCGCUGGCUACCUCUGCCCUUCUCGCUAUCUCAUGCUUCGUCCCGGGGACGUCUGCUUUUUGGCGCCUACCCUGUCUUAACCCACUUGUGAUCGAACGCGCCGACCCCAUCGUAAAUCCUGGGGCAGUUGCUGGUCAUCUGCAUACCAUCAUGGGAGGAAACGGAUUCAAUUUUACAAUGGAUUACGAUACUGCUCGUAGCUCCACCUGCUCCUCUUGUACAGUCACCGAUGAUUUCAUCGAGCUCAAAACGGCACUUUCACCCCUGUUUCGCAGAUUGGCGGAGCCACAAUUUAUUACUUGUAUGCAACGCAGGGAAAACGAUACUGAGAAGCUUUUUGCUUACCCCCCAGGCUUUCGUAUGCUUGCUGGAAACCCCAUGCUCCGGAACUACACAGAUGUUCCAGAACAACAAGCCAUCAGCUAUUCUUGUUUGGAUUAUUCCGGCAAUGGUGGUCCUGAAACCAAAGGCUUCCCCCAGAGGAACUGCGCUAAUGGAUAUCGUCUUCAAGUCUUUUUCCCUAGUUGCUGGGACGGGGAAAACCUGGAUUCUUCAGAUCACAAGUCCCACAUGGCUUACCCGGAUGGCGUUACUGGCGGGACCUGUCCCCCUACUCAUCCCGUGAGAUUUGUAUCGAUUUUCUACGAAGUUAUAUACGAAACCAAUAAGUUUAGCGACCAGUGGUACGAUGCCACAGCACCAUUUGUACUUUCUAACGGUGAUCCAACUGGUUACGGUCUUCAUGGUGAUUUUGUCAACGGCUGGAAUGUUGAUGUUCUUCAAAGCGCUAUCGAUGAUUGUAACAGUGAUAGUGGAGUCAUAGAAGAGUGUCCUCAUUUCAAGUACUUUGACACUGAAAAGGUCCAGAAUUGCUACAUCCCUCCAAGAAUUGAUGAACCUACCGAAGGAUUAUUACAGAAGCUUCCUGGUUGUAAUCCAGUACAAGAGGGGCCUGAAAAUGCUACCCCACAAACUAACUGCGGUGCCCCAACUGAAAUUGGGGCUUCUAAGUCUUAUGGGACAGAUGUAUCAAGCAGAGGAUGGAGCUAUCUCGAUUGUGUCAUGGACGACCUUAAUAAUCGAACAUUUCCCAUCCGCGGAGCUAACAGUACAAUGACCAAUGAAAUGUGUAUUGAUUACUGUGUUAGCAAAGGUGCCAUUUAUGCUGGUACACAGUAUGGAGAAGAAUGCUACUGCGGAACCAAUGCUCCUCCGGCGGAUCGUAUGGGUUUUGCUAAGUGCGGCAUGCCUUGCGCUGGUAAUUCCACCCAAAUUUGUGGUGACGCUGCAAAGUUCUCAUCCGGAACAAUCGCUGCUACAGCCUCCAGCCCGCCUAGCAGUUUUAUUACUUCUAGCUCUAGCCCCACAGUAAUCCCUACAAGUACUUCAUUAAGCUUUGCUGUAUUUGGUCUCACGGACACCGUCACCGUCUCAAAAGCGUUAUCUACCACUACUACUAUCAACCGAUCUUCUGCUACCACAUCUGUUGUCGGAACCGCAUCUGGCUCUAAAGCUACGAGUACGAGCCUACCCGCUGCUAUUCCAUCUGAUAUCCCUACUGGUUGGGUCUCAGAAGGAUGUUGGAUUGAUCCUGUCAAUCCCCGUGCUCUAGAAACAUGGGGGUAUUGGGGUGAGAAAAUUACUACAUCUGGCUGCAUCAAAUAUUGUGACUCGAAAGGAUUCACAUAUGCCGGAACCGAAUACGCCGGACAAUGCUUUUGCUCCAACAGCUUCGCAGCCCCUGGUGGGAAAGCUCAGCCAGAUUCUGAUUGUAAUAUGCCUUGUGAGGGCAAUCCCGCAGAGAUUUGCGGCGGAAGUGCCAGAAUGAGUCUUUUUCAGAAGAGUAGCGGUAGUGUAAAACGAGAGCCUAUCUCUUACCGCGUUAAUCGCCAUUAUAGAGUUUAA